UCCCAUAUGUAGCCGAGCGAUAAUGGCGGCCAUCACUUCUUGCUUGUUUUGCUGCUCGUCUUCCCCGCCCCUACAUAAAGACCGGGAAGAAGAGAGAUGCAGUGACGUUACGUUCCUUCGAUCGCACAGGAGGGGAUCUGUGAGAUGUCGACAACUAUCGAGAUGACGACUGUUGAUAUGGUGGAGAGCGCGAAUGGCUCCGUCGACCAACCCGGCGGUCCCCCUCUGCCGCUAGCACCCCCGGAGUCAAACCUGGAGAUAGAAGGCGAGGUAGAGGCGGAGGUGGAAGCGGAGGCAGCGCCGGAGGCGGAGGCGGAGGCGGAAGCGGAGGCAGCGCCGGAGGUGGAGGUGGAGGCGGAGGCGGGCGUCGAGCAGCUGCGGGAAAUGGUCUUUAGGUUGAACCCUUUUGCUGAAGAGUUUGUGCCGGCGUCAUUAAGAAAUCCGCCGUUUCGGAAGAAGAGGACUACUGAAGCUGAAGAAAGGAGGAUUUCGCUGAGGCCGGAUGCCAUCGGACGAACCAUAUUCGUGUCCGAUGUCGGACGAGAUGUUACUGAAGAGCACAUUGCUGGAUUGUUCAGUAUGUGUGGAAGGGUAAUCGAUUGCCGCAUCUGUGGGGAUCCCCAUUCUGCACUUCGAUUUGCACUGGUGGAGUUCGAUAACGAGUAUGGUGCAAAUGUAGCUCUCAAUUUCGACGGGACGAUUCUUGGAUUUCAUCCACUCGCGAUCUCGCACUCGAAGACUGCUAUCACGCCUGUCAAUCCUUCGUUGCUGCCUCAGUCUGCUCCUGAAAGGGCAAGGUGUAUGAGGACGGUGUAUGUCAAUAAUAUCGAUAGCCAGGUUACACCGGCAGAAAUAACGGAUUUAUUCGUGACAUACUGUGGCGAGGUCUCUCGUAUGAAGCUUCUGAAGGAUCAUGCCAAUUCAUCCAACAUGGCGUUCGUUGAAUUCGUUAGCGUGGAGAGUGCCGGCAAAGCUCUUUCUUGCAGCGGAAUGGUACUCGGAGAUUCUCCCAUCAGGGUCAGUCCUUCGAAGACUCCGAUGUGGCGGUAGCGGACCCGUGGACCUGCUCGCGCUUGUUCAUUUAUUCUACCAUUAUUAUUAGUACCCCAUCUCGUGUAAUUUGUACCUGACCUAUAGUUUCUUCCUGAGCUUUCACGUUUGGACC